UACGCUUCGGAUCGCCUGCUGUGUAUAGUAGAGUUGCUGCGCGUACGCGACAUAACCUACGUAUUAUACGCUUCGUGCGCGAGCUUGAUUUUUAUUUUUUGUUUUAGAGUGUUUUGCUACGAUAGCUGCUAUCAAGAGCCACUCGCAUCGGUAAUAAAGUGCGCGAAAGUUUUUCCCGCGUUAACUAGUUCGAGUGUGUCGUUUUCGAGUGUUCGCGUGUAUUACAAGUGUGUGAGUGUGCGCGCGCGCGCGCCCGCGCGGGUCUGAAUUUUCUCGGAGUGCUUCGCGUGUAUACCACUACUACUACUGCAGGGCCAUGUGGCCUGAAUAAAAUAUUUUGUCAACGGGUCAAGAGUGUAAAAGUGAAAAGUGCGCGUGCUCGUUUGUUAUUAUUUUGUUAUUAUAUCGCAGCUGUGCUCUAAGCAGGCACCUGUCGAGCGAGAUUGAAUCCUGUGCUCCGCUGCGCCAGUACAUAAACAUGUGCGCGCUGCAGCAGCAGUGUGAUCGAAAAAGUGCGCCGAUCCCCGAGAGCAGCCCAUAGGUGCAUCAUCGUCAUCGCUAUAUAAAUAACGCGGCAGAAGCAGCGGCAGCAGCAACAGCAGUAAAGAGAAGUCGACAGCCAGAUGAAAAUCGUUGAAGGCAAUUCUUAGUAACACCCGAGGCGGUGCCAGAGUAAACAAGCCAUUUGAGCAAAGGCCACGACGACCUCGCUAUACACGCAUAUGAACCAAGUUUCCAACAUAAUGUCGCGUUAGUGUAUACGUGCGUGUGUAUGUUUUUGUUAGCCCGAGCUGUGUUGGAAAUGAACUUCACAGUGUAAUUGUCAAAAUAGCUUCCUUAAUUGCGCUUGAAAAAUAAUACGUGAAAAAUUCUUGAAAAAAAAAAAAGAAUCAGUGCAAGUGUCUAAGGAAAAGUUAUAUUGCCAAGUGUAGUGGAUGUUUAAGUUAAAGUGAGAGUUUGUUGUGAUGUGCUUUUCGCUGACGAGACAAGAAAGAUGAGCUCAAAGACGAGAGGAAGGCGGCGCACUCGUGGCCGAGAUGUGCGGCCACGAUGAUCUACCUUAUCGAGGAUUCAUUCAGCUGAUGAUCUCCUUAAUUUAAUUCAGCUUGAAUUAUAUAUACGCAUCGCAUCUGCCGACCGUUUGACCAGUCGGUCGGGGUUAAGAGAAGAUACUGGCGGCAGACUUAGGAACGACGCAGGCGAAACCAAGCCGAGGGGGUAAGCUCGUGCGGCAGAACGCGGUGGAGGAAGUCGACGGAGAUGAGGAUGUUUCGCCGACUGCUGGAGGCCUCAACGCGAGCGGCCAGCGGUCAACCGGGCAGCAUCCUCCAGGUCACCCCGACUCCGUUGCUUCCGCACAAUCCGGCGGCAAUCCUAACGGGACCGGCGGUGGCAAGUAGCAGUAGUAGCCCGGGCCUCGCGGCCGUGGCCGCCGGCGGUGGACCGUCGGCGGCGUCGCACGACAGCACCCAGCCCCCUCAGCAGCGCCACAUCAACUCCACGCUGCAGUUCAACGAGAGCAGCGACGAGCUCGAGUACAGUAUACUCGCUGCAUUUUCGGAUAUGGAAACAGUUUUUUUGGCUUGCAUAUCGACGCUGCUGCCCCUGGUCGUUGCUCUGGGGCUAGCGUUCGGAAUCAGACACGUAUGGCGAAAAUAUAGAGAGCGCAGGACGAGCACUUCGAGCGGUUUGCCGUGGUACAGGGGCGUGAACUCACGCGACGACACGGCCGAAUCGUUGCGCAGCGGCAGCGGCGCCGUCUGCAGCCAACAGCAGCAGCAGCAGCAACAGCAGCAGUCAACCCAGAUUCUUUCGGCGCAAAACCUUGUAAACGGCAUGGAUGGAACGAGAUACAUCUGCGAGUCGGAAAUGAUGGAGGAAGAAGUGGGCCUGGGUCGAGGUAACAGCGGCGGUGGCGGCAACAACGUCGAGUUCACCUCGGCCGGCAGCCUGACGAGCAAGAACGCUAACGGCAACAUUAUUACCCUGACGCUAAAAAAUAACCACCUCAUAGUCGAGACCGAGGAAAGAGCGGUCACAAUGGAAGACACGAGAGUCGGAAAAUAUCAGGACAAUGGCUGCUCGGUAAUCGUGGAGGUGCCGCCAGGCUAUCAGGACGAAGCUAGCGGCGCUAAUAAUAACAAGAUUGCCUCCUCGGCAGCGGAUCAGCAGCAAGCUCGGGCUUAUCGAGAGGAAACAUCAUCGGCCGCGCGAUCCACUUCCGCUUUCGACAACUCCAAGUUAUUCGGUAGCUGCAACACCGGUUUAUCGCAAUCGGACCUGUCCAUUUGCAGCGAGGGCUCGGCCAAUCCCAGCUACCGAUACGGCAAUCAAUUGGAAUACGAAGCCGGCCAUUUCGGCUAUCCAAUGUACGAUUCGGCUGCAGGUGCUCAGGCUACUAGCGGCGCUGCUGCUGGUGGCGGUGGCGGUGGCGGAUGCUGCUACGAGCAACUAAUACCCACGACCCACAUAGCCUCGAGCUCGAGUUGGCUCGAGUUUGACAAAUCGCCCGACACGGAAAAGACCCUGCUCGAGGAUUCGAAAACGCCGAGCAUGGAGAAGGACAUGGAUCGUAACACUCUGGAUAAGACGAUUAGAGAAGAUCUGCUGCCGAUGGAUUCCAGUUCAUCCAUCGAUAAUCAUCCUGACAAUUUGACGGAUCUCGACGAUUCGGGAAAUAAUAAUGCAAACGUUCGAUCAAGUGCGAAUCCAAGCACCGACAACAAUAUCGCCUCGAAAUUGGAGUUGCAGCAAUCGCUCAAUAAACCCGUCAUCACGGGUGCCAUCAUGAAGGACGAGAUGAAUCUUCAUCAUCAGGACGAUACUUUUCAGGAGCAGCAGCGCAGGCUCGGCAACGGCACCUUGAUCCCCGACUCCACGACGAAUUUGGAUAAAAACGAUCAGCAGCCGCUGCAGCAGCAGCAGCAGAAUAAUGGCACGUUAAAGCCGGAGGGUAGUAAUUUCGUGCCCGCACACAAGCGCACGGACAGCAUACCGCCGCGACUGAACGAGACGACGAGUCUCGAGUGCAGUAACAAGAAGCCACCGCUAGACAUAUACAGCCAAAUCAAGACGAGCAUAUUGCCUGGCCUGAGCCCGAAGUUUGAGCUUUUACAAAACGAAGUCUGCAAUUCCGUUGAUGAAAAGGAGAGUUAAUCCGUCCUUUCACAAGGGGUGGACGAUGAUGAUGUUGCUGCGCCGCUGAUGAUUUAAGUUUCGUUUAUAGAGAGAAGAGGACGCGUCGUUAUAUUAUGAAUGAAUUGACCCCAUACACAUUCACACACACACACAAAGUUCAGAGGAAUAAUUUCUCCGUUUGACCUUGAGAUCGACGAUUUGAUUUAUAUAAUGAUCCCGAGUUUUCGCGCUCGAACUUGAUGUCAACGUCAAAGGAAUAUUAUUUUAAAAGUAAAAAAAGAAAAUAUGUAUAUUACGUGUAUAGGACGUUUUAGAAUCCGAUGCGCCCUAGACUCGUCAUUGAUGCAUCUUUCUCCGAUAUUUUAACGAGGAGAGAGGCUUUCGACUGCGGAGAGACGGAUUCUUACCAAAUACUUAUUUUAAUAGUUUCUAUAAGUAAAAAGAGAAGGUACGUAUUUUUUCUCUAGUGCGACCUGGAACAUGGUUUUAAAAAUAAAGAGGAUUUAAAAUACACAUAAUUAUCGUUAUUACUUAAAUCUUCAUAAUCACAUCCAAUUAAGAAUGUAUUAAACAUGAAAUCUUUGACGAGACUUCAAUAUUAAUUUUUAAUCAUUUUAUUAUAUGUUUUUAUUUUAACAUCAAGAAACUGUAAAAAAAAUUACGUAAGAAUCCGUACCCCCAGUCGAGAGUCUCUACUUGUGAGUAUCGUACACAUACGACUUUGAAUCUGCUUCCGACGAGUCUCGAGGUGGACGAAAACUCGUCGGAAAAUUUUAAUGGAAGUGCCACAUACUAUAUAGAUAUAUAAAUAAAUGUAAAAUUCAGUCGGAGGAAAGGUUAAAAGGGCUGACAUAAUAUAUACGAAUAUAGCCGUACAUACAUACCAUAUUUGAUCGGGCGAAUAUUAGAGGAAAAAAACUACGGUAAUUUCAAUACUUGCGGCAUUACGCAUGUGUAAACUGAAUCUUCGUAAAUAUACCUUCUAGCGCAUUUAAUUGGAAAUUCACGGGUCAGUCAGUUAUCGUUAAAGUUAACUUUAUAUGAAAACUUCUUACAGCCUGGUGCGAUGCGUAUGUGAGUUCUCUCCCCCAUAGGUUUGUUUUUCAUUCGACUUCCAUGUGCGUAUCGGGGUUCGCCAUAGAUAAAAAGAGAUGUUAUAUUUAUGAUAAAAUAGUAGAUGGGAAUUAUUUCAAUUAAUUUAGCUUUCAACAAAACAAGUGUUAAACGCCCUUGGCUUUUUGAUUGCGAAAUAAUACGUAAUGUUCUAUUGUAAUACUUUCGAAACGUGCUAUUCAAGAAAAUUACUCGAGUACGGCGAAUUUAUCUAUCGAAAAAAAUUGAUUCGAAUAAUUGUGCCAAGAACAAUCCGAAGAACUCGUGUAUUGGCAAUGUAUAAAGCAGUAUUAACAAAAAUUUAAUUUUUGCUGCGAUAUCUACGAAUAACCGAAUAUCUGUAAAUUUCAUUAAACAAUGACUGGUGAAAAAAAUAAAUUUGUUUAAUUUUGAAUUGGAAAUUACAACAGUUCACAAUAAAAUUGAUAACAAUUAUGCAACUGGUUAAAAACUUUCUGUAACGCUGUAUUAAUUAUCGAGUUGUUUACGCUAACAUUGCAAAAUACUUGACUAGAUUAUCAUUAGACGGCAUCAAAAUGAUUGAGUUUGGAUUUGAUAAAGUGGUAAAAAAUUUUGAAUACUUGAAAAUGAUCGAUACAUGCAAAAAACUAAGAUAGUUUUGCAUAGAAAAAUUAAUUGAUUUCCAAACAUUAAUAUUCAAUAUUCUCUUCUAAACAUAUAAACAAUAAAAAUGCUAUUGCAUGAUUACAUAGUGAGAUGAAAAUAUUUAUAAUUAAAUUACUGCAUGUGAUGACCUUGAUCGUUCUGAGACUUGUUACUUGUUAUCGUGAGCAGCCAAUUGUUUGAAUGAGUUUAUAGAUGAGUUGUCAUAAGAAUUAUCGCGAGUAUGCAUUAUCUAAAUUGGCAAAAAUACUGGAAUUUACGAAUAUAAAUUGGAUGAGGGAUCUGCAAAAGUUUGAUUUAUUCGAAGCGUGUCUAUUUUCAGAGAAAAAUCAACUAUCCGAAAACCAAUUAAAUUGUCAAAUACUAUUGUGUAUGUAAAUAUAUAAAUUAUGUAUUAAAAUCAUAGAAAUUGUUAUGAACGUAAUACCUUAAUUAUAAUUAAAUAUACCGUCAGAUAAAAUCAGAAUUACGUAAUAAGAGAUAAAUUAUGUUGAAAGACUUUUCUCUUUAUAGGUACCGAUAACAUUACCAUUAAUGAUAAUAAUAACAUUAGUUUUUAGUGACUCGGGCGUACUUUGUGCUCGCGAUUUUAGUGUGAUUGCCGUGAUACUGUAAUCGGAAUUUUAUAAAAAUAAAUUUAAAAAAGCUUAAAAAAUUAAAUGUACCCUGUAUGGUUAACGACAAAAUAACACGAACGAAUUAUUAUUCGAGCGAGGCUGUAUCGAUUCGAUAUAAUACGUAUAGAUACAAUACAUGCUGUUUAUUUACAUAGACGAUAAAAAAUCUAAAUAAAUAAAUGAAUAAUAAACAAUCAUAGGCGAAUAAGUGCGAGUAAGUUUUUUGCAAAAAAAGUAAAAACCGAUCGAUGGACUUGCGUGACAUAUAUCAUUUUUUGGUAUGUAUAAGUAAAAAAAAUUAUACAAGUAGUAUGCGCGUAUGUUUACAUUCGUCUGAUAACCUACAUUGGUUAAACUUGGUUAUUUUUUUAAUCGAAUCGCGAGUCGCGUAGAGGAGCCAAUGUAACGGAUUUUCAUAAGCUUUUUUCUCAUUGUUACUCAUGCGUACUUAUAAUAGUAGUUGAUGAUCCAAGAUCGGAAGGCGCGGUCAUGUAUCCUAUACUCGAUUGUUCUCUCACUCUAUCUUAAUUGAUAUCUUUGUCUUGUAAUACGAGAUUUAAUGAGCGAAAAAAAGGAAUGAAAAAAGCAACUCAAGCAAAUACUGUGGUUAAUAAGUAAUAACACUGUAGAAGAUUUAGCCCUGAACGAGAAUCGAAGAAAGACAUUUAAAACCAAUCGCGCAUGGAAAGUACAUAAUAAUAUACCAUUUACUAACCAAAUGUGUCAUUGGUAACUUGAAUAAUUUUCAAUAGUUCGCGACAGAUUUAGCAAUAUCUGCUGCGAUUUAUUGAUGAUAUUAUUGAACAUUACAACAUCAUUGGUUGUUUUUUUAAACUAUUCGUUGAAUGUUUGAGCUGUAUAUGUAAAUUUUAUAAAACGAUACUUUUAAAAGUAGAUAAAUUUAAAAUGAUCUAUACAGAAUUUACUAUUUAUUACCGAAACUUGGUACAAAUUUAAAUUGUUUUUUGAUAUUAACGAUAUUAAUGAUGUUAGUUUUUUCAUAUUUUAAAUGUAAUUUCAUUGUA